CUUCUUUCACUGGUAAUAGUUCCCAAAGCUAGCCCAUUACUCCGAUUGAGAUGAAGUGCCUCCUGGUGGCGAUAGCCUGCUUGAUUACUUACUCCAGUGUAGGUGGCCUCGUGCACUAUAUGAAACUGGAAAAAGGACAGAACGGAUGCAAGUCCCCCAAGGGUGCAGAGAUGGCAGUGGGUGAUGUGGAGCAGGAUGAUAAGACUUGUGGAGCUAUAACGUGUCAGAAUACGGAAGGAGAUGCCUUUGUCCACUUCUGUCAGAUACCAGCCACUUUUGCGGAGUGUGUGGAUACUGCUGUUCUGACGGACGUGGACUUUCCACAAUGCUGUUGGACAUGUGCCGCUUGGGCGAACUGUGAUGGCGGCGGUGCAGCAGGAGCAGAAGGAGGAGCACCUCCUCCCGACGGAGCCCCUCCAGCGGACGCACCACCCGCGGCAAGAAGCCAUCUAAAGAAUCAAAAACCCGCGGCAACUGCAGCUGAUACAAAGGAAACUACUACAGAAAGUGAAAAACCACGCACCAGGGGAAAAUGGGGCUCCAAGAGGAGCACCACCAUUUCCGAUGAAUCCGAGUUACCCGAGGGAGAUCUCAAUAUAAGGUUUGGCGGUGGCACACCGAUCUCCAAGUUUGGCGAAGACAGCAUGUAAACUCAAAUGCCGCGAUAUGUUUGAGGAACCUCCCUAGUUAUUAAUUUAAAGCUCGAUUCCGAUCAUAAAUAAAUGACACGGCAAUGUGCACUUCA